AUGGCAACAAACACUGAAAUUCUAUUUCUGGCUUUUCAUCUUGUACGUUUUAUCUUAAAUAUUCUUAUCUUCAUCAGUUCAUCCAUAUUUCUUCUAUUCGGAUGUUUACACGAACAACUUCAAAGAUCAAAACGACAUUGGUUAAUAUUUAAUUUAUGCGUAUCGAUGAUCAUUUUUUCGAUUAUUAACGCUGUGUUUUCAAUGUUACCAUUGGCACCGACGUAUCUAACAAGUCUAGCUGCUCAAAUAUGUACAUUGCAACAUUUCCUCGAGGAUGUUGUUCAAGGACAAGUAGCAUAUUCGUUCGUUGCAAUGGCUGUUCAUCAACUCGGAUCAGACGAAUGGAAAAAUCGAAGUUUGUUUUGGUUUGGAUCAUGUAUUCUCAUUCAAUGGUUAUGUUCAUAUCUUCUCCCAUUACCCCAAAUUCUCAUGUCGAAUGUUUAUAUCUGCUUUGCAUUUCUUCCCAAUCGAUUUUUCGCACUUUACAGUGCUAUAUUUCUUCUUGUUUUGCCCGUUUUUCUUCAUUUAUUGGUUUAUGUUCUUGGAAAACUUAUGGUUAAACAUCAUGCAAACAAUCCACAAAUCCAUCCGGUUGAUCAUGUCAAUGAAAUAGAGAUUGACCAUUCAUCAUUAAUGUCAUAUGUUUUCAUCAUGGGUUUACUAUUUGAUAUAAUUGGUUAUGCACCAAGGUGUUUACUUGGUGUUGUUGACUAUAAAUUGAAGAAAAGCAUCGCGAUUUACGCAGGUUUAGAAAUCCUUCCAUCGUUAUGUUUAAUGAUCUGCAUUGGUUUAUUGUUUAAAAUGAACAAAGAAAUUCGAAAGAAAAUUCUUUCGNUUUCGCGAUUCUUUGAUCGAUUUAAAAUUGUUAUUAAAUCGUUUUAA